AUGUAUCCCAACGGAAUCCUCGUCUCGCGUAACUUCUUGAAACGCAGCCGCCUCUUGGAAGGACAGACUACCAAGCUGGACAUAUCGAUAAACUACGGCUCCUUUGAACACGAGUUCCUGAUUGUUGGCGCUUACGAUUACUUUCCUACUGCCUAUCCCGAGGAUACUGAGGUCUUCGUCGGCAAUCUGGGCUACCUGUUCGAGCAGGUCGGCGACGAGAGCCUACACCAGAUCUGGAUGAAGACCCGCGAUGACGCCGUCCCCCAGACAAUUGUCGACAGCCUCAAGGAUCUCGGGAUCCAUCCGAUCCGCAUCCGCGACGCCCGCGCGCUCCUCACCCUCGACGAGGAAAGAAUCAGCGUCAUGCGCGCGGUCGGCCUCAAGACACGGCUCGUCCUCGCAAUGGUGGGCGUCGAAUACCUUGGCGUCAUCCUCUUUGGCGUCCUCUGGGGCGUUGCGAUUGGCAUCGCCACCGCCUAUCUCUUUGUGCCCUUCUUCCGCGUCAGCGGCGACCCCAUCUUUGCUUUGCCGCCCUUUGUGCGUCACAUCGCCUGGGGCCAGAUCGGUAUCCUUGCGUUCGUUUUCGGCACCGCGUUGUUGGGUUCCCAGUCGAUUAUCCUCUACUGGAGCACACGGCGCGAUCUCUUCCAGGUCUUGCGCAUGGGACAGAGGGAGUAA